GUUUAGCUUUUUUUUAAAAAACAUUAUGUAGGCCUAUUACUUUAGACUCGACAACUGCCUGCCGAAUAUAGAAACUAGCGGCGUUUCAGAAACACUUUUGACUGUCCUUGACUUUUCCCCCAGUGAAAGGUAUUAAUCUCGUGGUAAACAGACUUCUACGUGUACAACUAUACCAACGUCCCUUUUGGACCUGAGUGGAUAUUUUCAAAAUGUUUCGAGCAGCUGAUCGUUUGAAAGUUGUUCUACAGCAUUUGGAUCGGCCGAAUUCCCGAAUUAAAGCGUGUGCCACUUCAGCACAGGUUGCAGCCUAUACCCACCCUGUGGAAUUCCGCUACACUACCGACAGUGAUGUCCUUACCCCUGAGCAGAGACUCUUCUAUGAGGAAAAUGGGUUCCUUCUCAUUAAGAACUUGAUACCUGAUGAAGCCAUUGACCGCUUCAGAACUGAGUUUGAGAAGAUCUGCAGGAGGGAGGUGAAAGUCCCAGGGCUGUUGGUUAUGAGGGACGUCGCAAUCUCCAAAUCCGAGUUUCUUCCAGACCAGAGUGCGGUGUCCAAACUCCAGGAUUUCCAGGAGGACCAGGAACUCUUCAGAUACUGCACGCUGCCACAGAUUUUGAAGUAUGUUGAAUGCUUUACUGGACCCAACAUUAUGGCUAUGCACACCAUGUUAAUCAACAAACCUCCUGAUGCAGGGAAGAAAACAUCUCGCCACCCCAUGCACCAGGAUCUGCACUAUUUCCCGUUCCGGCCUGCUGACCACAUUGUGUGUGCCUGGACCGCCAUGGAGAGAGUGGACCGCAGUAAUGGGUGCCUGGUGGUACUGCCUGGAACUCACAAGGGGACGCUGAAACAGCAUGACUACCCUGACUGGGAGGGUGGAGUAAAUAAGAUGUACCACGGAAUUCGUGAUUACGAUCCAGACCAGCAGAGGGUUCACCUGGUGAUGGAAAAAGGUGACACUGUUUUCUUCCAUCCACUCUUAAUCCACGGAUCUGGAAUGAACCGCACCCAGGGAUUCAGAAAGGCAAUUUCCUGUCACUAUGCAAGUUCUGACUGUUAUUACAUUGAUGUAAAGGGAACCUCCCAGGAAAUCAUUGAACAAGAAGUCAAGGAAAUUGCUCAACGCAAGUACAACGCAGGUUCAGACAUCACACUACAGGAUACCUGGGCUGUCAGAGGGCGCCUUGUGAAGGGACAAAGGACCAUGCUGUGAGCGGAAUGGGAAAAAAGUCCUGUGUGAACUAAUCAUUUAAUUGAAACCUUGAGUGUGUGUUCAUUAAAAAAAAACGCCUUCAUGGUAAUGUUACACAUGAUUACUGAUUACACUGAUUGCACAUUACAAAUAAGUAAAUUAAUCCUUAAAGUUGCAAUUAUACAGAGUAUUUGUAACAGUACAUGAGAAUGCUUAUGAGAUGUUGGAAGGGUCGAGAAGCAACUGUAAGCACUUAAAUUGAAAUUUAAUUAAUCGUCAGGUCGUAAAAUACACAUGAAAUGCCUCUUAUGAUGAGCUAAGAUUAGGCUUUGUAAUGUAUGAAUGAUACAUAUUAUGAAUUGAUGCUCCCAUGCUUUUGUUUUAAAUUAAGUAGGAAAUCAUGUGGUGCCUCAUACAGUAGACACUUGUUAAUCUGAACCCUGGUAGUCCAAGUUGACCUAUAAUCUGUACCUUGCUAUCAUAGUGAAAUGCAUACUGAUAUUAAAUGUGGAAACCACACUUCAGUAUCAUAGUAUAUUGAUAAGUGCGUAAAACAUCAAUAUGUUUUAUUACUAAUUCUCCUCAAAUAUAAAAUUGUGUGGGUAUAAAAAACACAAUGUUACUGAUUACACAUUACAAAUAAGUAAAAGGUAUUGACAGUGUCGACCCAGGGGACUUUUUCGACCUGAAAAAAGAAACAAUGACUAGGGGUCACAAAUGGAGAUUAGAUAAAGGGGCAUUCAGAACAAAAAUAAGAGGCACAUUUUUACACAGAGAAUUGUGAGGGUCUGGAACCGACUCCCCAGUAAUUUGUUGAAGCUGACACCCUGGGAUCCUACAAGAAGCUGCUUGAUGAGAUUCUGGAAUCAAUAAGCUACUAACAACCAAACGAGCAAGAUGGGCCGAAUGGCCUCCUCUCAUUUGUAAACUUUCUUAUGUUCUUAUGUUUUUAAAUUAAAAACUUGAUUAAAAAACAAACAAACAAACAAAAAAAACUAAUCUGAACAGUUAGGCCCCAAUUGGUUUAGAUUAGCGAGAGAAUACUGUAAGAAAAAAAAAAAAAAAAAAAAUGUAUUUGAAUUACCAACACUUCUUAUAAUGUGUUACAAAGAAAGCUUUUAUUUCUUUCUAGUUUCUUGUUCAUGUUAGUGAAUAGGUCCAGGGAAUUCUGCACUUCAUUUUAAUAAGCUUCCUGUCAUACUGAAAUACUGUGCAUGAAAGUGAAUGCGCCAGAAGAAGAAUGUUAGUCAGACGAAGAUAUAUUUUGAGUUCUGUUAUAUUAGAUCUUUUAUAAUAAGUGGAAUACUGUGGAAAAACAAUGCCUUCAUUAAUAAAUAAAUAAAUAGUUGCUGUCAAUUAUAAUUUA